AUGGCUUCUUUGGGUCAUCUUUCGUUUCUCCUAGCCGUGCCUCUCGUCUUGGGCUCGUCUGACCCUCUCCCGGCGGCGACUAAUGACUAUGAUGUGCUGCAAUACAUUAAUCCUCUCAUUGGCAGCGCUAAUGGAGGGAACGUCUUUGCAGGUGCGACAAUUCCAUAUGGCAUGGCCAAAGCCGUAGCCGAUACAGACUCGUCAAACAACCAAGGGGGCUUCGCAUUCGACGGCAGUCAUAUCACCGGCUUUUCCAGUCUGCACGACUCCGGCACCGGUGGACAACCCUCUCUCGGAAAUUUCCCUCUGUUUCCCUACGCAACAUGCCAGAACGACGAUGUCAAUGGUUGCGUGUACCCCAAGAAAGAGCGGAAGACGACCUACGAUCCCGCUUCGGUCCAAUCUAGCCCGGGAUAUUUCGGAUUGACAAUGAAAUCGGGAAUACAAGUGGAUAUGACAACUACCCAUCAUGCGUCACUAUUUCGGUUCCGCUUUCCCGCCAAUGGGUCCUCGAGCCCGCUCAUCUUAUUGGAUCUGUCUGACCUGUCCGACACACGCCAGGACAAUGGGACCAUCUCUGUGGAUGCUACGACAGGGCGCAUGACUGGCCAUGCGCGGUUUUUACCAAGCUUCGGGAGUGGCUCUUAUGAGCCGUACUUCUGCGCGGACUACCAGAGCGCGGCCGAUUUACGAGACAACGGUAUUUUUGUGGAUGCGCGGGCUAGCACAGCGGUCAAAAACUUGACUAUUUCGCGCAGCAUCAACGGCUAUCCUCUUCCGGGCGGUGCAUUCGUACGGUUCCACUCGGCGCCAGAGAACACAAUCCAAGCCCGCGUGGGUUUGAGCUUCAUCAGCAGCGAGCAGGCAUGUCAGAAUGCUGAGGCCGAAUUGCCCGACUUCGAUUUUGAAAAGACUCGUGCGGCGGCUGUAAAUAUGUGGACGCAGAAGAUGGCACCCAUCAGGGUAUCCAGAAAUGGAGUCAAUGCAACGACCUUGACCAAUUUCUACAGUGGGAUCUACAGAACGAUGGUCAAUCCACAGGAUUAUACCGGAGAGAACCCCUUGUGGGAGAGUAAGGAACCGUACUUCGACUCAUUCUAUUGCCUUUGGGAUUCUUUCCGAUCCCAGCUUCCAUUCCUGACGAUCUUCGACCCUGCGUCGGUGUCCCGGAUGGUUCGCUCUCUGAUUGAUACUCAACGACACCUGGGAUGGCUGCCUGACUGUCGCAUGUCUCUCUGCAAAGGUUACACGCAGGGCGGCUCCAACGCGGAUGUCGUGCUGGCAGAUGCAUAUGUCAAGGGUCUCACGGACGGGAUCGACUGGAAAGCCGGGUAUGCAGCGGUGCAGAAGGAUGCAGAAGAAGAGCCAUUUGACUGGUCCAACGAAGGCCGAGGAGGGCUGCAAAGCUGGAAGGCACUACACUAUAUCCCCGUGGAAGACUUCGACUACGUCGGCUUUGGGACGCUGACCCGAAGCAUAUCCCGCACGCUGGAGUACGCCUAUAAUGAUUUCACCAUCGCACAAAUGGCUCGGGGAAUGGGCAAGACGAGCGAUGCGGAGAAAUACGAGAACACCGCGCGAUAUUGGCAGAACCUCUUCCGUGCAGACCAGACGUCAUUCCUCAACGGCACAGACACUGGGUUCCGAGGCUUCUUCCAGCCCAAAUACAUGAACGGCACAUGGGGAUACCAGGACCCUCUAACUUGUUCCAACAUCGACACGAGCGGCCGAUCCUGCUCUCUCCAGAACAACGCGGCAGAGACCUUCGAAUCGAGCAUCUGGGAGUAUCAAUUCUUCGUCCCCCACGACAUGUCCACACUAAUCACGCUCCUGGGCGGCCCGGACGCCUUCACGCGGCGCCUCGACUACCUCCACGACCGCGGCAUCACCUACAUCGGCAACGAGCCCGCCUUCCUGACCGUAUUCCAGUAUCACUACGCCGGCCGCCCGGGUAAAUCGACCGCGCGCGCCCACACGUACAUCCCGAGCUUCUUCAACCCGACGCCGACGGGCCUCCCCGGCAACGACGACUCGGGCGCCAUGGGCUCGUUCGUGGCCAUGACGAUGAUGGGCCUGUUCCCCAACCCGGGCCAGAACGUGUAUCUGAUCACGGCCCCGUUCUUCGAGACCGUCAACAUCACCUCCCCGCUCACCAACCGCACCGCCCGCGUGCGCACGGUAGGCUUCGACCCAAGCUACCGCGCCAUGUACAUCCAGUCCGCGACACUGGACGGGCAGCCGUACACAAAAAGCUACGUGGGCCAUGACUUCUUCACCGAGGGGAGGGAGCUGGUGCUCUGGUUGGGUCGGAAUGAGAGUAGCUGGGGCCAGGCGGUGGGAGAUCUACCGCCUUCAUUAGGGACGGAGGGCGAUGCGACGUUGAAUUUUCGGCGCAGGUAG